UUAAUUUUGUUUCUUCAUUCUAGGAAAUGGUGAAACGCAGGCCGAAUUUGACAGAUCGGGAUGUCCGCUGCCUGGCAGACUACGUGAAAAAGAACCGGCAAGCUUUGUUCGGCAAAGCGGGGAACUGUGUGGAAAAGAUCAAAAAACGAAAAGAGGAUGCAUGGGCCCUAGGGCUCGUAUCCCUAGAGGCCCAGGGACUCCAACCAGGUAGAACAGUAAAGGACUUGCGUCUUACCUGGAAUGAAAUGGCGGCUAAGGCCCGAAAGUACCGGGACGCAAAGAACAAGACAGGUAAAUUAAGCUGUCUUUAUUGUGUAACAGAUAAAACUGUAAAAGGUACCUUUCUUUCAUACUCCUUCCACAUGUAA